GCUCAUUGUUGACCUGGUGGUACGAAUGUGGAAGUAUCUCGGUGCAAGAGCCAGUAAGCAAUGCAGGAAUCUGCUGACAAACAGACGAGCAGAAUCGUCACUCUACCCAAACUCCGAUUCCUUUUGCUAUUCAUAGCUAUGUUACUCGUGGCGAUCAUAGUGCUGUUCUUCCUCGUCUUGCCGUCCGAGGAGAAAACCAAAGAUUUUUACUCCUUUAAGGGAGUGAACAUUAGAGGGAAGCUAAUUUCACUAGAGAAAUACAGAGGAUCGGUCUCAUUAGUUGUUAAUGUUGCCAGUGAGUGUGGCUUCACAGAAAAUCACUACAAAGACCUGCAGCAAUUACAGCGGGAACUGGGCCCAAUGCAUUUUAAUGUCCUUGGAUUCCCCUGUAACCAGUUUGGGAAUCAAGAGCCAGGGUCUGACCAAGAGAUUGAAAAGUUUGUGCGAAGGACCUAUGGAGUGUCCUUUCCAAUGUUCAGUAAGAUCAAUGUCAAAGGCCCUGGUACGAAUGCAGCUUUCAAAUAUUUAACAGACUCCUCCGGCAAGGAACCAAACUGGAAUUUCUGGAAGUAUCUUGUGGAUGCAAAUGGCAAGGUGGUGGACGUUUGGGAAACUUCUGUUUCAGUCGCAGAAAUAAAGCCGAAAAUCAUAUCACUAGUGAGGCAACUCAUUGUGAAACGAAAAGACGAAUUGUAAUUUAACCCCCUGCUGUGUAAUGACUAAUCUUACGUUAUUCAAUUUUACACCACUAUUUAACAAUUAUUUUUUGUGUUAACAAUUCCGUCUUCUGAAGUUCACCAAUUCGUUCCCCGUGAUACCAGGUUUACGUGAUGCCAAAAAAAAAUUGGUUAAAGAGAUAGAACAAACUGUAUAUCACUUUUUAAUUUUUUAUGGAGGUAGAGCUCAAGUUUGCUUUAUACUCUAAAUGUAAAUAAGUAAAUACAACAAUAUAAGAAACAUAACUGGUAAGACAAACACAGAUUUCAGUCAUUGAUUACACAGAAUAGCAAUUUUCUUGAUUUGUUUAAAAUAACGUAUUUGAUAUUAACCUUCAUAUUUUCAAAUGAAGUUUAAACUAGUGAUUUGUUUACAUUACACAAACUAAGAAAAUUAGGUCAAUUAAUGAAAGGAAGAAAGGAAUGUUUUAUUACGGAUUAAACUUCAGUAAAAUCAGCUUCUACAAAACUUCCUAAUGCAAUAUCACACACAGAAUAGUGCAUUUUGUAUUCUGAAGGGGGAGCGGGAAUUGGGAUGAGGGAAACAAACAGUAAAUGCAGCUUUAACACUGAGCCUUAGCAGCUGCCUGUCUGAAACAGUUGAAAAGCGGCAGCUGGUUGGUGUUGGGAGUGGAAGUCUCAUUGGCAAAAAAUAUAAAUGGUUGACUCGGGGCUGUUUUGAGUAGGAAAGGGACAUACUGGAGGAAGGGAGAACUUAAAUUUCCUUGUUGGGUCUGGAUGAACAUUCCUGCUCCUUCUGGCCCCUCAAGCAUUUUUUAAAAACUUACUUUAAAUGGCCUCUUCUCAUUGUUUUCACCGAGUGAGAAAGCUGCAUUGACUUCUCCAUUAAGGUCAGAAUUAAAAUUCCAUUUGGGGCCUGAUGAUGUAAUUGGACCCUAUUCUGUAUAUUUAAAAGAAGACUCCAUUAAUUUCAGGCAGGUAUUUUGCCGUCUGCUUAGAAACCCAGGAUAAAAUCGGGGUCACAGCGAACUAGUUGGGAAAUUGGUGAAUAAGGUACUUGGGACAUUUUAACUGCCCUCUCGUUUCCAUUAAGCAUGAAGGGUUAAAAUGCCCCAUUCCUGCCUACCACCAAAAUCUUCUUAUUAGUACAUGGUAAAUAUGAGGAGCAUGAAUGAUACAUCCUUCAGGCAGAAAAGUAUGCAGAGAAAUACCCAGUUCAAGUACUGUACUUGAUGAUGGAAAGAUAGAGUGGCAUCAUGGUUGGCCUUCUUCCAAGACACAGAAAGGUGAAUAUUAUUUGCUUACAACCCUUGUUCGUGCCCCUCUAAUGAUUGUAUAGAUUCAACUGAAGUAUAUGAUCUUGGCAGGCUUUUACCUUCAGAGAGAACAACAAUUUCCUAUUUUUAAUUUACGGGUGUACAUUUUCUAUCUAGUUCUACCUUUUUUAGCCCCAACAGCCGUUGAGCCACAGGAAAGUGACUUACUGCUCUCCCCAAUGACAGUCUGUACCAGUAACCAGGAGAUGUGGAAGAAAAACCUAGGAUUGCACACACCUGCAAUUUUCACUUCAUCACACUGAGUGUUGCCUGAUUUCCACCAUAAGCCUCCGGCAAUGAUGGAGCUGAGAUUGAGAAGUUGGCAGCACAAGGAAAUGAAUUGUACAUGAUUGCUUCAAACUGUAAGGAUCAACAUUCCUUAUUGGUGAAUGCUUUUUGCUGAAGCAGCAUUCCAAAAUUUCUGUUCUAGACAGUGCAAGACAUAUACAUUUUGUAGUGGAUAUUUUUGUUUUACUUUUGCAUUCUGUUUGGUGCUAUCUUUUGUUGUAGAGAUGCUUCCCACAGUACUCAGUGUUCCAAUAUUCGGCCAUUUCUGUACAAAAAUGUGUACCUGAGGAAGCUCUUGAAUAAAUACAUUGAAUAAUUUCUGAGUUAUUUCAGAUGCUUGUGCUUUAUUGGACUUUCUGUACAAUAAAUCCUAGUGACAGAC